AUGGCGGCCAGCUACACGUACAUAGAUCCCGCAGAACUUGUCACCCUCCUUGACGACGAGGAGAAAGGAGGGAAAGUUGCCAUUGUUGACUGCCGCGACGACGACCGCGGCGACGGCUUCAUUGUCGGCUCUAUUCACUUCCCGUCCACCACGCAGUCGGAGGCGCGCUUCGCCGAACUCGCUACCUCACUGGCGCAGGAGGGCAAGACGAUCAUCGUGUUUCACUGCGCGCUCUCGCAGGUGCGCGGGCCAAAAGGGGCCAACCGUUUUGCUUCUGCGCUGCGUGUGCAGGGGAUGACAUCGCCGGUGGUACACGUCCUGCGCGGCGGAUGGGAGAACUUUUGUGCAUUGUACGGUGAGAGCAGGCCUGACCUCAUGAGUGAAUGA